AGACAGAGAGGCAGAGAGAGAGGAAGAGAGACAGAGAGGUAGAAGUAGAGAGAUCAGUCCUGGUUGUCUGUGAACAUGUCUGAGCCUAUUAGAGUUCUGGUGACCGGCGCUGCUGGGCAGAUCGCCUAUUCCCUGUUGUUCAGCAUCGCCAAGGGAGAUGUCUUUGGCAAAGAUCAGCCGGUCACCUUGCUCCUUCUGGACAUUACGCCCAUGCUGCCGGUCCUGGAAGGCGUCGUCAUGGAGCUGCAGGACUGCGCCCUCCCACUUCUGAGAGAGAUCGUCCCCACUGACAAGGAGGAGGUGGCCUUCAUGGGCCUGGACGCAGCCAUCCUGGUGGGCUCCAUGCCCAGGAAGGAGGGCAUGGAGAGGAAGGACCUGCUCAAAGCCAACGUGGCCAUCUUCAAGAGCCAGGGAGCCGCCCUGGAGAAGCACGCCAAGAAGACCGUCAAGGUGCUGGUUGUAGGAAACCCGGCCAACACCAACUGUCUGAUUGCAGCCAAGUCUGCUCCCUCCAUCCCCAAAGAGAACUUCUCCUGCCUCACCCGUCUGGACCACAACAGGGCUCGCUCUCAGGUGGCGAUGCGCUGUAAGGUUCCCGCCUCCAACGUGAGGAACGUGAUCAUCUGGGGCAACCACUCGUCCACCCAGUACCCAGACGUGCAUCACUGCAUGGUCAACAUGUCAGGCAGCGAGCUCGCCUGCUUCGAGGCCGUCAAGGACGACGCCUGGCUUAAAGGAGAUUUCAUUGCUACGGUGCAGCAGAGAGGCGCCGCAGUCAUCAAGGCCAGGAAGCUGUCCAGCGCCAUGUCUGCCGCCAAGGCCAUCUGUGACCACAUGAGAGACGUCUGGUCAGGCACCCCCGAGGGUGAGUUCAUCUCCAUGGGGGUGUACUCCUCUGGUAACUCCUAUGGAGUCCCAGAAGACCUCAUCUACUCAUUCCCGGUCCAGAUCAAGGACAAGACCUGGAAGAUCGUGAACGGUCUGGCCAUCAACACGUUCUCCCAGUCGAAGAUGGACGCCACAGCAGCCGAGCUGAUGGAUGAGAGAAACACAGCCGUGGCGUUCCUGGGAGUAUGACUAGAUCCUGCAAGUCCUCCCAACCAACACUUAGACAGACCCAACGCUCCAGACGCCCGCCUGUGAUACGGCCCUCCACCAACCCCGGCAUGACUGUGUGUGCGUGAGUGAGUCAGUGUUUAUGAGUGUAACGUUGGGUUUAUUCUUGUGCGUUGGGAGGCUACGGUGUAGAAAGUAAUCCUACGCCCGAUCCCACAUGGAGACGGUGAUUAUCUAGCGUGUGUUGCUUGUAGUUUCGUUUACAAGUUUUGGAUACUGAUGCAGACGUAUUUCUGUUUACUCUGGCUAUAAAUGAUAAAUGCACCGCGUUGGGGACGCUUUACUCCGUGACGCACAAGUAUAACUCCACCUGGAAGUCCAUCUGAUCUGUUACUAGCUGCUUUCUCUCUGGGGGGGGAGUGAAACAUGAAUGGUUGUUACAUAUAAUCAAUGAUGCACUAAGUCCUCAAACACUGGAACCGUUCAGCUAAACAAUAAAACAUUUAACCGUG